AUGAACUCCGAUUCCGAUAUCUCCUGCCCAGAUGUCUACGACGUCUGGGUAUGGAUCCACGUCCCCAAGAUCGAAGGCAUCGAGGAACUGUACUACGACGCACUCAAACGACUCGAAACAGGCGACUACACAGUCUACUACGAAGACCCACGGAGCAUCGACAACCAACGACGCAUCCUAGUGAUGUCCCUUACCAUCGACCAGCACGUCGAUCUACAGAACCGGUCCAACGAGAUCGAAGACCGGCUGAGCGAGGAGAUUGAGAAUAUGCUACAUGUUCUGACAGAGGAGCGCAAGGCGCACGGCGCUCCGGCUGAUUGUCAGUCUCAGAGUGAAUAUGACGGUGACGAGGAGACUGCCGAUGAGUCGGACGGUGAGCCGAAGUCCAGGGCGCAGCUGAGACCUAGGUGGUCGUCGCCGGUGCCGUCUGAGUACGAGUCCGAUGAUGAAGGUGAGGAAGACGAGGACGGGGAUGUCAUUAUGGCUGAGAGCGACGCUGACAAUACCUCUGAUGAGGAGUGUGAGAGCCAGUGCGAGUGCAGGGUGCCUGAUCUGGUGGGAUCCACGGAGUCUGAUUCCGAGUCGGAGUUCGAUGUCGAUGACCUCGAGCUCGAGCUGGAGAGUGGGUAUGAAGAGGGCGUCUUUGAAGAGGGUGACUUGGAAGAGGGUAACGAUGAUGAGAGCGCAAUUGAGGAUGUAAUCCAGGACUAUCUUGACUCUAAUUGA